GACUUCAAUGCCGUCAUGUACGGCGCCAUGAAUGCAGCCGGCGUACCAGAAGACCACAAAAUCAAACACAUCGAUCUCGUUUCAGCUUUCAAACGUACAAACCUCACCUUCGCCACAACAAUCGUCCACGAAUUCAUGCACGCCUUCAACCUAGCCCACUACAAACGACCUCUCGGAGAUGCCGGAAACAAAGUCCCACACGAACCAUGGCUAAACGACAACAGAAGCAACGAACUAGGCUGGGCAACAACACAAUACCUCUUCGGCGGCUCC